CGUAUGUCUAUGGGCAUCUUCGCUGCUAGGAACUACUGCACGCUGGUCUGAUAUCGUGACGAGCCGUUUUUACUGUAACACAAAGCGUUAUUAACUUGGAGCUGAUUACCUUUUUGUCUUGUAGGGUCGUCUUAAUGGCAGGGGAAGAAGCAACUGGCGUUGAUCUCAGCAGGAAGUUUGUGUCUGAGUCAGAGCUUGAUGAGAGGAGGAAGAAGAGACAGGAAGAAUGGGAAAAGGUCCGCAAGCCUGACGAUCCAGAGGAGGUCCCAGAGGAGGAAUACGAUGCACGCUCGCUGUUUGAGCGACUGCAGGAGCAGAAAGACAAGAAACAACAGGAUUUCGAGGAGCAGUUUAAAUUCAGUGUUUCUAUGGCGACAGGGAACAUGGUGAGAGGAUUGGACGAGGAUGAGAGCAGUUUCUUGGACGAGGUGUCCCGGCAACAGAGCCUGGUCGAGAAGCAACGGAGGGAUGAAGACAAGAAAGAGCUUUUGGAGUAUAGAAGCGCUCUGGUGAAGCAAGCAGCCAGAGAGAGCCGCAGAGAGCCCGAGAAGAAGGCGCUGCCUAAGCCUUUAGGGGCGGAGCAUAAGACCAGUCACCUGUCUCAGGCCCAUUUAUUGGCUGGAGCUGUGAAAAGGCGCAACUCCUCGCAGUCAUCAGACAGCAGUAAGAAGCUGAAGGUGGAAAUCACGCCAGCAGCAGCAACAGAAGAGACAGGAAAUGGAGAAAGACUCACAGAACAGGAGCGUGAAGCACGAGGAGGGACGGGGGAGGCCGAGGAUCAGCGAGCAGUUCCCGGCCUGACGGCCAAAUCGCCGUCGGCUCCCCUGAGCUCCCACCAGGGCGUCAUACACCUGCCGUCAGCAGCCAUGUGUGUCGGUGUUUUACCGGGACUCUGUGUUUAUUCUGGCAGCAGCGACUCUGACAGCAGCUCGGACAGCGAAGGUAGCGUAGAUGCAAUCAUGUCUCCAUACCCGCGGCACAACAGGGCCUACAGAUAAAUACAGAAUAGAACACAAUCGACACACACACACACACACACACACACACACACACUUGCAAGCUUGCAACAAUUAGAAAACUGCUACACAGAUUAAAAGUUUCACACACUUAAUGAAUUGAAUAUUCCUAACACAGACCCCAUGUUCCUCUUGUUUUCAUAGCUGUAAAUGAAAAUGUCGUUAAAUGCUAGUCUGAACCAGAUCUGUUUGUGUUUUAUUUAUUUUUUUGUUGUUGUGGCUCCAAAAUGUGACACACACCCCUUCCUUCCCUCGAUCAAAUCUCACACAGUUUAAGCUGAGCAACCAUUCCCGCACUGCCUCCCCCGACGACAUCCCGCCCCCCCCUCCCAUGUGCCCCCCUCCCAGCUGAAGCCACAGCGACUGCAAGCUGUGCUAUUGGCUGAAGGAACAGUGAUUGACAGCUGUGGAGAAAAGGACGAGGCUGCCUUAGACUGUCAGCAGCAGUGAGGAGUCUCACUCGCUGGCCACUUACUUUCCACCAGGGUGAAAAGCAGAGUUGGAAUGGUUUGAAAAAGGAUUUUGUUUGUGUUAUAUAAUAAUGUAUGAUCCCAUCAGCAGUUUGUUUUCAAGUCCUAUUGGAAUGAUGCUGAACUGUUUGUUGCUGUCUCAACAUUGGAGUGCUGUUUUGUUGGUCUGUGUCUGAACAGAAAAAUAAAGAACUUGCCCUUUUA